AUGGGAGUGUCUGCUGAGAUGCAGCUCCAGCCUCUAAGUGCAGUGGCGCUUCGUGGUUCCAAGGCUCGGUUCAACUGCAGCACAACUCUGACCCCAUCUGCCAUGACCUGGACAUUCAACAGAUUCUUGGUUGUCACCAUUAUAGAAGCAUCUGGAGUGCUGAUCACCGCAGACCGCUUCUCUGUCACAAAUUUCACCACGCCUGGAAAUUACAAAUGGGAGUUUAUAAUUAGCAACGUGCAGAGAAGCGAUACUGAAGUCGGUUGUCAGGGAAUGGGUGGAGAGCGUCAGUUGGCCACACUGUCUGUGCAAGAACGUGGCAGCGUCGAGAUCGUAGGUGGAAAUCAGACUAAAACGGAAGGAGCCCAGACGGAGUUCCAGUGCCAGGCCGUGGGCUGGUUUCCUGAGCCCAGCAUGUCCUGGUCAGUUAAUGGAGUGGAAAAAUCCUGCAACAGAAGCUCUGUGCCACAGGGAAGUCUGUUUAACUCCAGCUGCACGUUGACGGUCACUGCCAUCAAAAAUUCUACUGUUCAGUGUCUGGUCACGGUACCUGCCCUGAACACACCGGAAAGCAACACUGUCUUUCUGGCCGUCAAUAAGAACACUAAAAGAGACCAGACAGUGUUGAUCGCUAUCACUGUUGCCUUCAGUGCUGCUGCUCUUUUGUUUCUAAUCAUCUAUGGAAUUGUUUUCUUCUGCCUUAGGAAAAAAUCAGGCUACCAAGAGGCGGCCAUGAGGGCACAAGUCCAGUCCCAGAAUAGGGCGCCUGCCACACAAAAUGUGCGAGGACGGGGCAACCAAGGAUAUAUUACAGAUGGACAUGAUGGACACACCAACGGCGGAGUCUGGGUUACAAACUUUAACAAACCUCAGAAUCUUGAUGACUUUUUUGAAGAUGGUCCCAGCAAGCACAGACACAUGACCCUCGUCUAGAGACUGUUGGAAUUCACAGAAAGCUGGUGUUCUGGCUUUAUUCUCUCUUGUGCAUAAAAUCCUCAUUUUAGGUUUAAUUACAGAAGAAAGAAAGCUCGAGGGACUUCAUAUUUGCACCUGGACUGGAUUAUUUAUUGGAACACAGAAGCAUUUUCUCUGUGAUCUCAGACUUUUGGACCCCACUGAAUACUGUAUAUAUUUUUACCAACAGUGAAUGUUUGACAUAAUGAGCUCACAUUUUUCCAUAUUUAACAGAUAACAUGAUCAAAAUAAGUGUGGUUGUGGGGUUGGUUAAGAUCCACCAGUGUCUGUUAAGUCAUAUGAACAAAGUAGAUCAGAUUUUGUG